AUGGAGAGGAUGAUUAUUUUCUGUAUGCUCUUCUUCUGUUCCAGUAUGGCGCUGACUGCAGCUCCACAUAAAAUAGCAAAAUACAAACAGCUUCUCAAGACAAUUACACGGUUAGAAACCACAGUGAAAGAUAAGGAUGUUGAAUUGCUGCAUACACCAGAAAACCCUGCGGACGGAUGCCUGUUCACAGCUGUGACCUGCUUCCACAAGGGCACACUGAAAUUACAACCAGAGAACAACCAAGUACAUUCUACAUUCACCCAAACCAUUAAAGUCUUGAGAAGAUUCACCAUCAGCGACCCUGGAAAGCACUGUGAGUCUUCAUGUGAAUCUUACGAGAAAAAAACUCCCAAAGAGUUUUUGAAGAGCUUUGCAAAACUAAUCAAACAGCUAUUUCAGAACUCCCAGGCAAAUACUGUCAGUGACCUGCUACUGUUUGUUUUAAAACGUUGUUCCACAGACUUUUUUUUAGCCAUUCAGUUCCUGAGAGAUCUAUUGAUGGUUUCCUCAUGA